AUGUCACUUAUCAGGGAAAGUCUCCAAAAUAAAGGCAUUUCAGCGAGGGCUCAAGAGCUCAUUCUGCAGUCCUGGAGGGAAGGAACCCAGAAACAGUACCGAACAUACUUACAGCGGUGGACCACAUUCAGCAGUGGACGGAAUACUGAUCCCAUUCAACCAGCUAUAUCAGAAGUCAUAGAUUUCUUAACUGAACUGUUUGAUAGUGGACUCGGCUACAGUAGCCUGAAUACAGCUCGUUGUGCUCUAUCAUCUGUUAUCCACCUAGAUGAUAACAAAACUGUGGGUUCUCACCCAUUAGUUAACCGUUUUUUGAAGGCUGUAUUUAACAAUAGGCCUAGUAUACCUAGAUACCAGUCGGUCUGGGAUCCCACAAGCGUUUUGACAUACCUUCAAACAUUUCCACCGCUGGAAAGCAUAAGCCUUAAAGAGCUUACCCAUAAGCUAGUUAUGUUAAUAGCACUGGUUACAGGCCAGCGAUGUCAGUCUUUCCAUCUUAUGGAUAUUACUAGUAUGCAGAAAAAUACUGACCACUAUAAAUUUCUUAUUAAGGAUAUUGUUAAGCAGUCAGCUCCAGGCAGGAAUCUACCAGAGCUUAUCCUUCCUGCCUUCCCAGCAGAUGGCAGGGUUUGCGUUUACUCAGUUCUCUCAGAAUACAUUAAGUGUACUGCACCCCUUAGAGGUGGAGAAACCAGACUCUUUAUUAGUUUUGUUAAACCCUACCAGGCCGUGUCUAGGGACACUAUUUCACGUUGGAUUAAGAAUGUUAUGAUCAAGGCUGGUAUUGAUGUGGAAGUGUUCAAACCCCAUAGUACCAGAGCUGCUUCUACCAGCAAAGCAAAUGCAUGCCAGGUGCCUAUAGAUGUGAUUCUUAAGGCAGCGUCUUGGAAAGGAGAUUGCACUUUCCGUAAGUUUUACAACAAACCUAUUGAAGAUAAUGUUUCUCGUUUUGGCCAAGCUGUUCUUGGUACCAGCAUUAAUGUAUAA